AUGACAGGAUAUCACACUGCCUCUGCGUGUUCACCUACUCGAAGUGGCACAGACUCUCAUUUGGCUGGUCUCGGUCAAAUGGAAGAGUUCAUGAUGACAAAUUCUAGCUUCCGUGGUAAACCGGGAUACGAAGGCUACCUCAACUUCAAAGUCGCUGCCCUAUCAGAAAUCCUCUCUGAUAAUGGAUACCUGACAAUGAUGUCUGGAAAAUGGCAUCUUGGCUUAACAAUCGACACGUCUCCGUGGGCUCGUGGAUUUGAAAAUACUAGAUCCUUCUCGCUCUUGCCCGGCAAUGGCAACCACUUUGGAUUCGAGCCGCAAUUGGGACAUGAACGUCCGGAGGGUGCCAUCCCAACUCCCUUCUACACACAAGACAAUCAGUUUGUCGGUUUGGACGAUCUACCACGCCCAUUCUACUCGACGAAGACAUUCACAGACAAGCUACUGGGUUUCUUCAAAGACCGAAAUCCAAACGAGGAACGUCCAUUCUUUGCGUAUCUGCCAUUCACAGCUCCACAUUGGCCUCUACAAGCUCCAGAGGACAUUAUCGCAAAGUAUCGUGGUCGGUAUGAUAAUGGUCCUGAUGCACUACGAGCUGAACGGUUAGAGAAACUGAAAAAGUUGGGACUUAUUCCGCAAGAUGUGGUGCCACAUCCGAUUCUCAAUGUAUUGAAUUCGAAAAGUUGGGAAAACAUGAGCCAUGAAGAGCAGCUUGUCAGUGCGAGAGCGAUGGAGAUAUACGCUUCUAUGGUGGACAUGAUUGAUCAAAAUGUUGGACGAGUUCUGGAUUAUCUGAGACAUACUGGUGAACUGGAUAAUACUUUUAUUCUCUUCAUGUCGGACAAUGGUGCUGAAGGUCAAAUCAUGGAAGCCUUCCCAACAAUGGGUAUCGAUGUCAUGGCCGUCAUCAGAAAAUACUACAACCAGACAUACGAGAACAUGGGCCGUAAAGACUCUUUUGUGACUUAUGGACCUCGUUGGGCACAGUGUGCAACAGCCCCAAGUCGAAUGUACAAGACUUGGACCACUGAAGGUGGAAUCCGAGUGCCGUGCAUUAUCAAUUAUGCAAAGUUCAAGCAACCGGCUUUGCAUGUUACUGAAGAGUUUUCCACUUGCAUGGAUGUUUUGCCUUCAAUUCUUGAGCUCGCAGGUAUUCAACAUCCAGCACCCGUAUUCAGAGGUCGUGACGUCUAUGCUCCACGCGGUCGUAGCAUGAUACCUCAUUUAAGUGGAUUGGCGCCUAAAAUCCAUGAUGAGGAAGCCGUUCAUGGCUGGGAGUUGUUUGGAUUAAGAGCUAUAAGACGAGGCGACUGGAAGGCCGUUUGGAUUCCGAGACGUAACGCACAAUGGGAGCUCUAUAAUUUGAAAACCGAUCCGGCAGAGAUAGUCAAUUUGGCUUCGAAAGAGAAGGACAUCCUUAAUACGAUGAUUGACCAUUGGACGAGAUACUCGGAAGAGACGGGAGCCAUUACAUUUGAGAGGGUUACGAAUCCCAAAGUUAAAAUUUGA